AUGGAGAAGAUAGAGCACACAACGAUCUCCACAAACGGGAUCAACAUGCACGUCGCCUCCAUCGGCGCCGGCCCACGCGCCAUCCUGUUCGUCCACGGCUUCCCGGAGCUAUGGUACACGUGGCGGCACCAGCUCCUCUCCCUCUCCUCCCUCGGCUACCGCUGCAUCGCCCCGGACCUCCGCGGCUACGGUGACACCGACUCCCCGGGCCCGGCGGCCCAAUACACCUCCUUCCACGUCGUGGGCGAUCUCGUGGGCUUGCUGGACGGGCUGCGGAUCCAGCAAGUCUUCUUAGUGGGCCACGACUGGGGCGCCAUCAUCUCGUGGCACUUUUGCCUGCUUCGGCCCGAUAGAGUCCGGGCCCUGGUCAACACCAGCGUUCCCUUCAGCCCGAAGACCUCGUCGAGGGUGUCUCCGAUGACGUUCCAGGAAGCCGGAGAAAUGGAGGCUGAGUUCGCCGGGAUGGAUACCGGGAAAGUGUUGAUGAAAUUUCUCGGGUACCGUGACCCGAACCCGCCUUGUAUACCCAAAGAAACCGGGUUCGUGGGCUUUCCGGAUCCGCCCACUUUGCCUUCGUGGAUCUCGCAGGAGGAUGUUGACUACUAUGCUGCCAAAUACGACAAGAGCGGCUUCACUGGACCAUUGAACUACUACCGCUCCAUUGAUUUAACGUGGGAGAUGAUGGGGCCGUGGACAGGGGCAAAAGUGGUGGUGCCGACGAAGUUCAUAGUGGGGGAGCUGGACCUGACGUUGAAGCUCCCUGGAGCGGAGGCGUACAUCAACAAUGGCGGAUUCAAGAAGGAUGUGCCGCUAUUGGAGGACAUAGUUGUGCUGAAAGGCGUUGGUCACUUUCUCAACGAGGAGAAGCCGGAGGAAGUUACUAAACAGAUUCACGAUUUCUUUAACCAGUUUUGA